AUGAAGUGCUGGCUUCUGGCUUUCCUGCUUCUGCUUAUAAUUCCCACAGAAGCUGGUUUUGGUGUUGGUGGUGGUGUUGGAGUCAAUGUUGGCCCUGUUGGUGGUGGUGGUGGUGGCAGUGUUUGGAUUGGUGGAGGCAUCAAUGGCCAAAAUCCUCCAUCUGGAUCUUCCUCCUCAGACCUUAGCAAAGCCUACACUGCUCUCCAGGCAUGGAAAUCAGCAAUCUCUGAUGACCCAACUAAGGUCUUGGACACUUGGGUUGGACCAGAUGUGUGUUCUUACAAAGGAGUCUUCUGUGCAGAUUCUGAGGAUGGCCAAACCAUUGUGGCUGGAAUAGAUCUCAAUCAUGCCAAUCUCAAAGGCACUCUUGUCAAAGAGCUCUCCUUUCUAACUGAAAUGUCCCUGAUCCAUCUCAACAGCAACAGAUUUUCAGGCUCAAUUCCUGACACUUUCAGAGACCUCAACUCUCUCCAAGAGCUUGACCUCAGUAACAACCAAUUCUCAGGCCCCUUCCCCACAACCACAUUAUACAUUCCCAACCUCAUUUACCUUGACCUCAGAUUCAACAGCUUCACUGGCUCAAUUCCUGAUGAGCUCUUCAACAAAAACCUUGAUGCCAUUUUUCUCAACAACAACCAAUUUGAAGGUGAGCUACCCCAGAGUUUAGGGAAUGCGCAAGCUUCUGUCAUCAACUUAGCUAAUAACAAGUUCAGUGGCAACUUCCCAAGUAACUUUGGUUUCAUGGGCACCAAACUGAAGGAGAUUUUGUUCCUCAAUAAUCAACUAACUGGUUGCAUUCCUGAAGGAGUUGGGCUUUUUUCUGAGAUCCAAGUCUUUGAUGUGAGCUUCAAUUCUCUGAUGGGCCAUUUGCCAGACACAAUCUCUUGCCUCCAAGAAAUUGAAGUACUCAACUUGGCACACAACAAGCUCUCUGGGGUUUUACCAGACCUGGUUUGCUCACUGAAAAGCCUAGUCAAUCUUACUGUUGCUUACAAUUUCUUUUCUGGGUUCAGCCAGGAAUGUGCCAAAUUGUAUUACAGGAAUGUGGGGUUUGAUUUCUCAUUGAACUGCAUUCCUGGGAGGAACAUGCAGAGACCUCAGCCACAGUGUUCUUUGAUUCCUGGAGGUGGGUUAAAUUGUCUGCGAAUUCCUGGGGCAAAGCCCCUUGUUUGUGGCGGAGUUCUUCCAAGCUCAUCAUCAUCAUCUCCAUGAAAAUUAUGGAGCUACCAGUAAUUGUACAAGAGGUUGGUGAGUGGUUCUUUAUGUAUUAAUAAUCAUUCAGAGCUUCUCCUAAUUUAGUUUCUAUGUUAACUCCUACCUGAAUCUGGAAAAGAAAGUUUUCCAGCUUAUGUUUUGAUGAUUAGCAAUAGAAGAAUUAUUAUUAGUCUAAUUAAUCAAAUAUAAAACUUGGUUUC